CAGGUAGGCGUUCAGUGGCCGCGCCUCGGCGCUCGGUCGGCGCUGCUCCGACGCGCAAGUGGAUCGAGCGUGAUCUUCACGGGGGAAGGAGACACGAGACGCGCAACUCGGUCCCGCUCGCGUCUCACACAGUUAUUCUCUGCAAGCGGACGGACUCCAGUUGCUCAACGCGGGUUCUUUUUUUUUAAUUUGGGAGACACCGCAGGGGUCUGAACGAGUUCUGAUUGAUUAACCGAACGUCGACCAUCGGAAUGUUUGUGUUAUGACAACGUUGCAGCAGCCAUUUUGUUCCUAUCAAAGCUUUCCCCUCUGGGAUCAAGAGAAGACGCACUGAUCCAAAGAGGUCCGCCUCCCUCCGACCCGGAUCCCCCGCAGGGAGGACAUGGACGUCCUGCGACGCUCUUCUGUCUUCGCUGCAGAGGUCCUGGAUGUGUUCGACCGGUCGCUGACCGAGAAGGAGCUGGUGUCCCAGUCCAAAGCCCUGUGCAGAGAGUACAUCCUGUCCAGACUGAACCAGAACGGGCUCGGAUGCUCCAAAACCGAGCUGAGCCUCUCGCCCCCGAACGCAGCUGUCGCUGAGGUGUCGUUGGUGCUUCUCUAUCUAGGCGACGAGCUGGAGUGUAUACAGCCCAGUCUGUGGAGGAACGCGGCGCGGCAGCUCAACAUCUCCGUUGCCAUGGAGACCAUGGUUUCGGACGCGUUCAUCGGCGUGGCGACGGAGAUCUUCUCGGCAGGCAUAACCUGGGGUAAGGUGGUGUCCAUGUACGCGGUCGCUGGAGCCCUGGCGGUGGACUGUGUCAGACAGGGACACCCCGGUGCCGUUCAGAUGCUGGUGGACAGCCUGGGCCAGGUCGUCCGCAGGUUCCUGGUUCCUUGGCUGAAGAGGCGAGGAGGAUGGGCGGAGAUGACUAAGUGUGUGGUGAAGAAGGACCUCACCCCUCAACACUACUGGCUGUUCUCCGCCAUCGAGUCCCUCAAGUACGUCCUCACCGCGGUGUACGUGUACAUCAUGAAGGAUCAGUGAGCAGCCGGGACACGGGGCGCGAUCGCUGAAAUCUCAGACUUGUCAAUCAACGCUGGGGAGGAGGUGCUCCGCGUGCCUGAUGAGGAUGGAGCGCGUCAGCAGCCGUCAGCGAAUGUUCCACCAGCGCCAUGUCUGUGUUAUCUUAGUGCCUGUACGCGAUUCCUCUGCUUCGCAGGAGUCGCUGUGAUGUUGGAGAGCACGGGUGGCGGAGGAAACGCUGCCGCGCUGCUCACACCAGAGUCGACCCUGUGAUGCACUGUCACCAUGUUUUCCUGAGAUAAACAGCCUUUUCCAAACGCCGUCUCUCCGAGUGUGAAUGUAGACCAAUGAAUAAUGAAUGAUGCUCAGCUGGCUGUGACUUUGAGUUACCUGGAUCCAACAGGGAUUCCUUUCACACUUUGAUGUGAAGGUUGGUCAGGAGUGAGUUUACACCCUGUUGCAAAAGCCCGAGCGUCUCUGUCCGAUCCCAUUCCAAAAUGUUACCUUCUACAAUCGAAUGCUGCAUAUUAGCCAUGAUAGACUCAGAUGCUGAGGCUCAUUAUGGCCAAAAACCCAGAGACCACAGCGAUGGUACUGAAUGUAUUUUGUGUGUAAUGAAUUUACUUUUUAAUAACUUUAUUUAUGAUUAGACUUUUUUAUGGGUAUUGCCACUUAAGGAGAGCCAGUACAACAACUGUGACUGAUUGGGAUGCUUGGUGGUUGUCUGUGGUCAUUUAUACACGUGACCGUUUUUUAAAGAUUCACAAUAAAUUUACCCUUAAUCUGUU